GUACGUCAAUGUACGUGAUUGACGGUAAGAGCGCCUUAUGCGCACAACAACACGGAGCACACAGCAUCAAAACAUCGUCGCUCCAAUGUAUUCGUCAAACAUGUUGUAACGUGUCGGUCACCAGUCACCAUACGAGCGUUUGUCAAUCGGCUUCACCCGCAGUAACGUGAUAAAAAUCGAUGCACGUAGCGAUGCUACGUGCGAACGCCGUUCGGCUUCGCAGAUAAGAAAAUGUCUCGUUUGUGGCGACAAAUAUGUUUCUAUUGUUUCAUACUAAUUGCGAUCACACAUUCCCUCAUCUCUGCUGAUGAAACGCUAAAAUUAUGCAGCCAAGAGCUCAAGAACACGCGCAGUUUGGUGUUUGUCAAUACAUUAGAUGGGAAGAUAUCAGCCUUAGAUGCUAACAAGAAUGGCAAAUUACAAUGGACUUUGGAUUUUAAGGAUGGACCAAUGUUGUCAUCCAAUAUUCACAGCAAAGAACUUAACAAUAAUGGACAAUGGGUACGUUUGAUUCCAUCCUUGAAUGGUGGUCUGUAUAAAUUUGAUGGAGAAAAUUUGGAAACUGUGCCGGUAUCGGCAGAUCAGUUGUUGCAUUCCUCAUUUCAUUUCUCUAAUGAUUUAGUCUUCUCUGGUGGUAAAGAACUACAUUCUUAUGGUAUAGCAGCUAGUUCAGGAGACAUUUUAUAUGACUGCAAUGUUUCUGGAUGCAAAAACAACACAGAUCGUCAAGAAUAUAUAGACAAUGAUGUACUUAUUGUUCAACGUUUUCAACAGACUGUAAGAGCUGUAAAUGCUCGUACAGGUGAUGAAAGAUGGAACUUCAGUGUUGGACAAUAUGAUUUAGAAAUGCUAUCGUCAGAUGUUUCUUGUUUCAAUAAAGACACAACUCUAGAUAUGGAAAUCAAAGUGGUUAUUCCAGAAGGUUUGAUUUGGGCUGUCAAUAAGAAUAAUCCUAAUGUUAAAUUAUGGCAACACAAGUUUGACUCUCCAAUUGUUACAAUAUGGCGCGAGGAUGCAUCCAAAAUUUCUGUAACUCCAGGAUCUUUGGGAAAGAUGGAUUUAUUCAAUAGUUCUCAAUGGAUUUGGGGAUCAGAGUAUUCUACAAUUAAACCAGGUUUAUAUAUAGGCAUGCAUGAUAGACAAUUAUACGUGCAAGAAAAUCACUAUAACAGAAAUUCAUUUGAUUCAAAACAUGUUCAACAUACAAAAUAUCAAUGGCAGCCAUAUCCAGCAACUACAACUGCUGUUUUAAAUCCUUUACCAGAGAACAGUAAUGAAGAUAACAAUAAUAAAGAUUCUAUUGAACCAAAUGAAGCACAGACUGCAAUUGCAUUGUCUGUAUUAUACAAUUCAGAAUAUAUUAAUGGUAAUGGAUUUUAUCUAUAUUCAUCAAAUCAGUUAACUGACAAUAAGCAAUGUAAUCGUAGUAAUCCUGAUAUUCCACUUAUCACUGGCACAGAAAAACCUAUGCUAACAUAUACCCAAGAAAAUAUUACAUUUGCUCAAAUUGUGACGUUAAUUUGGUAUUGGUGGAGAGAAAUUUUAAUAAUUGUGAUAACUGUCUUUUUAUUGAAUUUUAUGACACGUCUGUUAAAUGCAACAAUACCUACUAAAGAUGCUGUACUUCCACCUUUGAUAAUUGAAAGACAUGUAGAAACAAAAAGAAGUGAUACAACUAAUGAUGAUAGUGAAAAUGUAAAUAAUUUUAAGUCCCGUUUUCUGACGGACUUUGAGCCAAUUGAUUGUUUGGGAAAAGGAGGAUAUGGUGUGGUCUUUGAAGCCAAAAAUAAAAUUGAUGAUUGCAAUUAUGCUAUUAAAAGAAUUGCUUUGUCAAACAGCCAAGAUUCAAGAGAGCGUGUCAUGAGAGAGGUAAAAGCGUUAGCUAAAUUGGAUCAUCCUCAUAUUGUAAGAUAUUUUAACGCUUGGUUAGAGUGUCCUCCUAGUGGAUGGCAGGAAGAACACGAUCAACAAUGGAUUGAUAAAUUGAGAUGUUCAACUGAAUUUCUUUCGGAAGUAACUCAGACUGAAACCAAACCUAAUGAUUCUGUGUACAUUGAUGUCUCACAAACUGAUCAGUCUUCUGUAGACAGUGCAUGUGAAGCUUUAAAAUUGAAUGACUUAGACGUAAACGAUGAUUCAUACAUUAUAUUUGAAAGAUCAAACGAGAAACAGUAUGGUAACGACUCAAUUUGUAUCAAUACUUAUAAUACUGAUAAUUCCUUGUCGAGCAAUAUGACUGAAAAGGAAUCUAAUGUUAAUGAAGUCGAUUAUUCUGAAAGUAUUGUAUUUGAAGAAACUGAUAAUAAGGUUGAGCAUUCUGAAAGUAUUGUGUUUGAAGAAAACACUGAUAAUAAUAUUGAGACAGAAAAAAAAGAUCGCAAACGCCAAAAAUCAUUUACCUUAGAUUUAAGUAAGAAGUCGAACAUUCGAAAGUCGGCAAAAAUGUUCCUAUACAUACAAAUGCAGCUGUGCCAAAGACUCAGUCUGAAAGAGUGGCUAAAACAGCACACGUCAGCAAGAGAUUUUUCUCGGGUACUAAAUAUUUUUAAACAAAUAGUGAACGCUGUGGAGUAUGUGCAUUUGCAAGGAUUAAUUCAUCGAGAUUUAAAACCAUCGAACAUAUUUUUUGCUUACGACGAUAAGAUAAAAAUCGGUGAUUUUGGUCUCGUAACCGCGAUGACUGAAGGUUAUGAUAAAGCUCACACACCCGCGACUGAAAAUGAGAAUGUUUCUUUCAAAAACAACGUACAUACCGCGUGUGUCGGCACACACUUGUAUAUGUCACCUGAACAAAUGAACGGCCAAAUGUACAGCUAUAAAGUGGAUAUUUAUUCAUUAGGAGUAAUCUUCUUUGAGCUUCUUACACCAUUUUUUACUGAUAUGGAAAGAGUGGUGGCGUUAACAAAUCUAAAACUAUCCAUUUUUCCGAAAGAUUUUGCGGAGAACUAUCCUGCUGAGUACAAUUUACUCAAAAUGAUGUUGGAUGAGGAUCCCAUUAAACGACCUACAACCUUAGAUAUUAAAGCAAAACCUCCUUUGCAGAAUUAUGAAAUAAUUAAUUUUAAUGCAGAUAGUGAUUUAAACUGGCAUUCUGAUUCGUCGCAACUGACUAGACAUUCCUCGACUGACAGUAAUAGUUAGCAAUGAGAUGCUCAUAUAAGUGUACAAAUAUUUUUGACAUUCUCUUAUUGAGUAAAGAAUUGUUUAUUUAAUAA